ACUAAAUACAUAAAUUAUUGUGGCGUGUAAUUUAGACUUUGAGACUUUAAUUUGUCAAUUGAUAAUAUAAUUAAUAAAUAAAAAAGUAUUUAGUUGAUCUAAAAAAAUGUCAGACGAAUCAGAUUUCGAUAUAGAAAAAAAUGAAUAUAAUAUUUAUAAAAAAAAAUAUCAACAUUUAGUUGACAGGUGUGAAUUAUUACAACAGGAUAAUGAAAGAUUAGUUUAUAGAAUUCAAAAAAUUAGAAAACUAUUAAAACGAACGAGAAAAGAAAAAAAAUUUUUAAUAAAUCGUCUUGAUAAACAUGGUGAUAAAUGGCGUGAUGCACCAAUGGGAGUUUUAGAAGAAAAUAAUGUAUUUCAAUCAUCAAUUAAAAUUGAACAACCAAUAAAAUGUAUACCACAACAAAAAGAUGAUAAAUUAAAAAAAGUUGGUAAAAGAAAAAGUGGAAGAAGUGAUCCAAAUGCACCAAAAAGACCAGCAAAUCCAUUUUUUCAAUUUUGUCAAGAACAAAGACCUCGUGUUAUGGAAAGACUUUCUGGUUCACCAGAACCAAGUAAACAAGAAUUAACAAGACAAUUAGCAACAACAUGGAAAUCACUUAAUUCUGAUGAUAAAAAAAUAUACUAUGAUAUGUAUGAACGUUCUAAAGAAAAAUAUGUUGCUGAAAUGCAAAUUUAUAACAAAAAAAAUGAAGAUACAUCUAGUCAAAAUACACCUAGUUUAAAUUAAAAAAAAAAAAACAAAAGAUAAACAAUUAUUAUUUAUAUAUUUUAAUAAUAAUUUUUAUAUUUGUAUUAUAAAAUUUAU